CUGUUCCCCCCAUUUCUAAAGGGUGCCUCUGUUCAGAACCCUAGAUUCUGGGAUACUUGCUUGGCAGUGAGGCACAGGGACUCUUCUUUAUUUUUCCAUGCAAUUUUGAGACGGGGAGGGAACCGACCUGCCAAGCAGUGCCUGGGGAUUCCUCAUCCGGUGGAGAAAAGCAUGGCUAGGCAGGCUUCCCUGGAAGGCACUUUGCUUGCCGCUGCUGUGACUUCCCCCUUCUCUGAGCAUCCUCAGGAGAGCUCGCAGAGCCAGGUGAAGACGCAAGAGGCGAUACGAUGCAGGCAGAGUCUCUCCUGCACAGCGGUUACUUCCACCCUGUGCUUCGUUCCUGGCAGGCGUCAGCUGCUGCCUUGAGCGCCACUCACCUGGUCUACCCCAUCUUUGUCACUGACAACCCAGAUGCUGUGGAGCCCAUUGCCAGCCUCCCGGGCCAAGCUCGGUAUGGCGUCCACAAGCUGGAGGAGAUGCUGCGUCCCCUGGUGACUGACGGCCUGAAGUGCGUGCUGCUGUUCGGGGUCCCAAGCAAUGCUGUCAAGGAUGAGCAUGGCUCCACAGCCGAUGCUAAAGACACCCCCGUGAUUCAGGCUAUCAAGACAAUCCAUGGAUCUUUCCCUGAGUUGCUGAUUGCCUGUGAUGUCUGCCUGUGCCCUUACACCUCUCACGGACACUGCGGCAUCCUGCGGGAAGAUGGGACCCUCCAGAACGAGGCCAGCUGCCGGAGGCUAGCGGAGGUGGCUGUGGCCUACGCCAAGGCAGGCUGUCACAUCGUGGCCCCCUCGGAUAUGAUGGACGGGCGCAUCUGUGCAAUCAAGGAGGCCCUCAUCUCGCACGACAUGGGCAAUAAGGUUUCGGUCAUGAGCUACAGUGCGAAAUUUGCCUCCUGCUUCUAUGGCCCGUUCAGAGACGCAGCCCUGUCUAAGCCUGCGUUUGGAGACAGGCGGUGUUACCAGCUCCCUCCAGCGUCCCGGGGGCUGGCUCUGCGGGCUGUGGACCGGGAUGUGCGGGAGGGGACAGACAUCCUAAUGGUAAAGCCAGGGAUGCCCUACCUGGACCUCGUGCGGGAAGUGAAGAGCAAACAUCCCAACCACCCACUGGCUGUCUAUCACGUCUCAGGGGAGUUCGCCAUGUUGUGGCACGGUGCACAAGCGGGGGCUUUUGACCUGAAGCCUGCAGUGUUGGAAGCCAUGGCUGGGUUCAAGCGUGCAGGGGCAGAUAUCAUCAUUACGUACUACGCACCUCAGUUGCUGCAGUGGCUGAAGGCAGAGCAGGCGUGAGCUUUGCAUCCUUUCCUUGACAAUGAGGAUGGGAUGAAGACGCUCUGCAGGGAUCUGGGAACUCGGGCCCUAGCAUUCAUUAUGGGCUUUAGCAUCAUGAUCUGGUCCACACUGACACAACCGCUCCUCACUUGCCUCAAAUGUCUGUCCUGUACAAUGCCUUCUCUUCAUUUAAUUGCACCCCGCUUGCUACCUUUCCAGGGCACUUUUUAAAGCUCAGGAGAACUGUCUAUAGUAUAGAACUGUAUAGAACUGUCUAUACAACUGCCUAUAGUUGUAAGGUUCAACACAACCAGUGUCAAGAGAAUGCUUUUAUAGAAACAACAUGCUGUUAAACUUUAGGUGGGUUUAACUCUACCUGCUUGCUGUAUUUCUAUGCUGAAAAUGUUGAUUUUUUAUAGGCUAUACAGCUGUUAAGGGUUCAGGAGCCCUGCUGGAACAAUGGGAAUAAAGUGGGAGGAACCCUAUUUGUAA